AUGGCUGUGGUUCAUGCUGAGGUGAGCAUCUGGAGUAAGCUAUGGGAUAACAGGUUUAACAUGUAUGGAGGAAAAGUGUGUAACACACUUAUGGCAGGCUCCUGGGAUGACAGAACACCUCUACAUGAUGCUGCACUGCAAGGAAGAUUGCUGCCACUGAAAAGACUCCUUUCACAGGGGUUUUGUGUGGGCAUAGCUACACUGGAUGGAAUCACUCCACUGCAUGAAGCGUGUGUUGGAGGCCAUUUUUCUUGUGCAAAAAUUCUGCUGGAGCAUGGAGCUGAUGCAAAUGCUGUCACUGUUGAUGGAGCUACUCCUCUAUUUAGUGCAUGUUAUAGUGGAAACCCCACCCUCAUCAGCCUCAUUUUGAUGUACAGCUCUGUCCACCAUCCAGCUCAUCUGCUAAAUUCACCUCUUCAUGAAGCAGCAAAGAGAGGUCACACAGCAUGCGUUGAAAUGCUGCUGUCUCAUGGUGUGAAUGUUGAAAUGGAGGUGCCAAGCAUAGGAACAGCGCUGUACUGUGCAUGUGUAGCCAAGAGCACAGACUGUGUACGGAGCCUGCUUAUGUCAGGUGCUGAUGUGCAGUGUGGGUGGGGUCUUGACACACCUUUACAUGCUGCAACCAGAGUUUGCGGGGCAGGGGAGGUGGAGCUACUGUUAGUUUAUGGGGCUGAUAGGACAUCAAGGAACUCUGAGGGAAUGAAACCACUGGAUUUGACUACAGAUCAAAACGUUAAACAUCUCCUGCAGACUUUAGACCCAUGCUCGUUGUCUCAGAUGUGUAGAUGGCGUAUUCGCCGUUCCCUGGGCCAAAAAAGACUCAGCAAAACCAGGAUGCUUUGCUUACCACAUACCAUACACAAUUAUCUUCUCUAUCAUUAA